AUGGCGCAAACGCCGGGUUUCAACGAUGCCACCGACGUCGAUGUCAAGCUCAAAACGCAGGAGGGAGGCGACAGCAACAGCAACAACGAAAACAGCAGAAGUGGGAGCCGCGAGCUUCCCCGUCCGGUUGACAUGCGCCGUCUGUGCGCCGUCGAGCUCACGUCGCCGCCCCCAUCAGGGCAGGGGCAGAGGAGCCGCACCUCUUUUUGCGAGGAAGAGGCUGAACAGCAGGAGGAACAGCCACCCACGCUUCCUGCCCCUCGUCAACAAUUAAAGCACGCGCACGGCUACUACAAGGAGAUGCUGCUGCGCCGUGGCGAAGAGUUGCUGCAAGCUUCGGCGGAAUUCAAACGAUAUACGGAGGAAACGGGACAGCACUUGAAGCACAUAAAGUGCACUGCCGCUCCUCGCAUGGCUCGCGCCCAGUGCCUGCCGGACAUCGAGCUCGACCCGCACAGCCCGGCCGCUGAGUCGCUGAAGGAGCGCAACUCGUUGGCUGAGUCAGAGGUGGAUCCACCGCAAGAGAAGAUACACGAGCAAUAUCAAGGCGAGGAGCAACAACAGCAACCGUCAUUGCAAGAAACGGGACACGACAUCAGCACGCCAAUGACGUCAUCAUUAGCGCCGUUGCCGCCGUCCGUCACAGGCAANGUGGGGUUCCGGGCCUACUUCAGGGAGCUACUGAUGCGCAACGACGAGGAGCUGCGGAAUACCGCCGCGAGCUUUGACCACUACGCGGAGGACACAGCGAAGCACUUCAAAUGCCCACCGCCAGACCUCCCCCCUCACUUGAUGAACAAUUUCGGCGGCGACAACGUCAUUGCUGCACGACCACACAAGGGACGAAUGGACGUCGUGCGACCGUCAAUCGCCGUAUCGAAGGACACCAAUCGCAGCGACGCGUAUAUGAGCGGUGCUUUACUUGCCUUCCAGAGAGGUGAGAGCGGGGCAUCACUGCAGCAGAUGCUGCAACCUCAGUGGACCGGUGCCUCGGCAGAAAAUCCACCGCGCUUUACCGUCGUGUCCCUUCCAAACGGCGACCUGCGUGAGCGUGACGCCCUGGACGGGUACGCGUACUGGGACAUGGACGAGCCCACUGAGACGAGCCGCGUGCUGCCGAGCCGACUCCUCGACGAGCGCAGAGUGGAGGCGCUACACAACUACCACUUCUACUCGCGGCGGUGGCGAGCGUUGCUGGGGGAGUUGGCCAGCGCCUUGGGAGGAGAGGAGGGCGCUGAGCUGCUACGCCGCUANCUCGCGGCGGUGGCGAGCGUUGCUGGGGGAGUUGGCCAGCGCCUUGGGAGGAGAGGAGGGCGCUGA